AUGUUAGAAACAUGCGGACAGUUAAUGAAUUUCUUAAACUAAGCAGGUUUAAUGAAGUCUUUAAAAGCAUUUUAAGAUGAUAUGGAAAUUUAUAUACAAAGUCAGCAAUAAUAGAAAACAUAAAAUGAAAAUAAUCCUUAAGAUGGAGAAAAAUAAACAAAUUCCAACUUAUUGAAAAUUAUUAAAAAGGCCAUACAUCAAAACAAUAAAAAAGAUGUUAUUCCUACCUUUAAUUAGGGUGCAUAGGAUUUUUAGAAUAAAGUCUAAAAUAUAAAUUAGAAACUAUUCAGUUAAGAAGAGACUGAAUAAAUUAUGGAAAGAUUAAUGAAUAAAUUAGUAGCAUCUCCAGGUCUACUUGAAGAUGAAAAGUUGAAUUCUAAGAUAGAAAAAUUUUUUGAUAACCAAACAUUUUAAAGAAUGGUUGAAGCUACAGAUGUUAUGCAAGAUAUUUCAAAUUUAUCGUUCACUAACUCUUUCUUACAAAAAACAAAACAAGAAUAACAAAGCAUUUUAGAUGAAAAUCCUCCUCAUUUCGGGAUGAAAUAACAACCCAUGAAUGCUCCAGGACUUGCAAAUCAAGACUUUAAACUAGACUAAUUUAAUCAAUAAACUAUAUCAAAUUAAACAAAUUAACAACACAAUUAGUUAUAAUAGCAAUAAAAUGUAUAAAAUUAAUAGACUGACAUGAAUAAUGGGUCAGAGCAUAUGCCUUUAUAUCCUUAAUAACUUUAAAUGAAUUCUCCUCACAAUAAUUAGUCAGAUUUAAAUUAAAAAAGUGAAAAAUAAACUGAAGAAUUAAAAGAAACAUAAAACAAAUUAGAAUAGUUGUAAAAUUAGGACGUUUAAGCAGAUGCCUAAAAUGAUUUACUAUAAGGGAUUUUACUUUAAGAAGACUUCAUGCCAAAUAUAGAUGAAUAUACUGAUGAUGAUGAUCCAGGUUUUGAUUUGUAUGAAGUACCAUAAAAAGAUUUUGUGAGAGUGGCACAAUAACUUGCAGAAAAAAGUGACUUUCCUGCCAGAGCAGUUUCUUCUAUUCCAAAGAAAGAAGGAUACGAUCCUCAUAAAGAGUAUUCAAAUCCAUUUGCAAAUGCAAAUCCAAACUAAGAAGAUAGCUAGGCUAUGAUAAAAGAUAUUUAAAAAUAAUCAUCAAGUUAAGCAGUUGAUGAUUAAUAAUAGUAAAAAAUUGUUUAGCAGAAAAAUUAAGUCUCUAAAGCAUCAAUAUUCCUUCCAGACCACAUAAAAUUCCCUUAAUCUAAUGAUAGUUUUUAUCCAAUUAAGUAUGAUAAGGUGAUAUACGAUGCAUUCAAUCUGAAAGUAAUUUUUGAUAGAGAGAGAACAGGUUUUGAAGAAACUAAAGAAUUCCCUAUAGUAAUUAAUUCUAUCAUAGCUGGUAGAUACUAGGUUAUGGAAUAUUUAGGAAGUGCAGCAUUUUCAAAAGCUAUUUAAUGUUUAGAUUUAGUUACAAACAGAGUAAUGUGUAUGAAAAUAAUAGAGAAUAAUAAAGAUUACUUUGAUCAAAGUAUCGAUGAGAUAAAGCUUCUUAGGUAUAUUAAUUACAAUGGAGAUGUGGAUGAAAAAAAUGUACUCCGCUAUUUUGAUUAUUUCUAUCAUAAAGAGCAUUUGUUUAUAAUCACUGAACUUCUAGAAGAAAACUUAUAUGAAUUCUAUAAAUUUAAUAGAGAAAAUGAACAACAAAGAUACUUCACAGUAGGUAGAUUAUAGAAAAUUACAUAAUAGAUUUUAGUUGCUUUGGACUUUAUCCAUUCACUUAGGUUAAUCCAUUGUGAUUUGAAGCCUGAAAAUAUCCUCAUGAAAUCUAAACCAAAAGGUGAAGUAAAGGUUAUAGAUUUUGGAUCAAGUUGCUUUAUUCAUGAUCACCUUAGUUCUUAUGUGUAAAGUAGAUCUUAUCGUGCACCUGAAGUUAUAAUAGGUUGCAAGUAUGAUUAUAGAAUAGACAUAUGGAGCUUAGGUUGUAUUUUAGCAGAACUUUGGACUGGAAACGUCCUAUUUUAAAAUGACAAUAUUUAAGGUUUGCUCGCUAGAGUUAUUGGUAUAAUUGGUCCUUUCCCUGAAUGGAUGAUGAAAGAAGGACGUUUGGUUCAAAACUUUUUCACUCGUGAAAAAUUAUUAUAUAUGGAAGUAUUUGAAGAGGCUGAUUAAAGUUAAGCUAUCGGUGAUCAAUAAGAUGGCUAAAGACAAAAGAUUAAAACUGGAAAAAUAUAAAUUUUAGUACCCAAACAUUCUAAUUUAAAAGCAAGACUUAGAACUGAAGAUCACUUAUUUAUAGACUUUGUAAGAUAAUGCCUUUAAAUAGAUUUCACUCGUCGUCCUACAGCUAAAGAGGCUCUUAGCCAUCCUUGGUUUAAGUUAAAAUAUCCAGAUGGUCUAUGA